GAGGUUAUAAGUAGAGGGCUGCGCUCCGUUGCAUAAUCACAUUUGCUUAGCAGCAUCUCGAAGCAGCAGCAGCAGCCGCUCGUCGCGAGAAGUCAGUCCUUCGCUGACAGACAGCAGAAGAGUGGACUGACCUGUGAAGCGGGCAUCUGAUCAAGCUCCAGUAAUCGGAAGUUUCUCGACAAGCAGCGUGUGGACCUGUGUCUGCAGCAGCCGUCCGACGAAGACGAAAGUGAGCUACCUGUACCUUCUUCCUUGCAACGCGGGGCCGCCCCGAGCUAUAAAACCAGCACAGGUGUGUGAAGUCGAGAGCAGUGUGAGAUCCAGCAGCGCCGUGGGUUAGGAGGAGUGUGUGGACUUCAGAGCUUGCCUGCCUUGUCAACUCUCUUCUCUUCUCUUCUCGUCUCCUCUCCUCAUCUUUCGGUCCCAGACCGUGUUUGUGAUCCAGCUCUCCGUAUCUCUCCCCUCCCUCCCUCGGCUGUUUGGCCGGCCGGCUGCUCGAACGACCGUCUACGAAGAAUCUGGACGUCACAAGCUGACCAGGAAAGGCUGAGUUCUUCCAACAUCUCUGCAGUGUUCACUGGAGCUUCGACAUUGGAGGUUGACUUCAACGGAUUCUCUCUCUCUCCCUCUCCAUCAUUUCACAGAAGAGUUCGAAUCCACUCUACUCCCUGAUUAGAACACGGCGGCGGAGAUUUGAGGAUACCUGUUUCCUGAGUCUGUUGAGGAGUGACAAUUGUGCCCCUAGCGGCGACACAGUGAACCAAGCGGGUUACUGUAGAAGUGAGUGACAGCUAACAGCACAGAGAUUUUCCGCAGCACGAGAAAGUACCGGAAUUAACAAGUCAGUGAAGGCUGGGCGCUGCCUCUCUUCGUUCAGAUUACAGUUAUUCUCCGAUAAUUGUCAUCUCGAGAUCAGUUUUGUAUCAAUUCCCCUCUGGAACAGUCACAACGAUUCAGUGUCACUCAACUCAAAGUCUGAUCACCAAGCUCGUAACGAGCCUCGCGCAUAGAACGCUCUCCUGUAGUACAAUCUUGCCUGCACCUGGAUCUCGUGGACAGUCACAAUGGCCGCAAUGACGGGAGAAGACUUUUGGCUGCUCCUUCAGUACAUCCUUCCGUUUUUCAUUAUUCUCUUGCCAGCAUAUGGCAUGGCACGUACGAAAAUUUUAACCCAAGACCAUGCGCUUGGACUGAACCGAUGGACUUCUCUGGUCGGGGUUCCCAUCUAUGUAGGACAUAUGGUGGCAACCAAUGAUCCCUACCAGACGAAUUUGCGGCUUGUCGGAGCCGAUGCCCUUCAGAAGAUUGUGGUCCUACUUAUAGCCUUGGUCUGGUGGAGGUUCUCCAAGAGAGCGACGAUCGAUGGAGUUAUUACUUUCUUCAUGCUGUCCACUCUGAGCAACAUGGUGUUAGUGGGGCCGGCUCUCUUCAGACCCCUGCACGGAACUGCAUCGGAUGUGUCCAUCGCCACAAUCAUCCUCUUGCAGUGCGUGUUGUGGUAUAACCUGUGCAUUGCUAUGUUCGAGAUCCGGAACGUGAUGAAUGAAAUGGGAGGCAAAGACAACGAGACCCUCAAGAAUGAGUCUGCAAAUACCGAAGAGCCGCACCCUAGCGCACUACCUGGUCUUCCUUUGUGGAGCAGCACGGAGAGCAGUGUUCUUCCUACCAACAAAGAUGCACGAUCACUGAAGCGAUCGAUUUCUGCACCGACUCGUGUUUCCUUUUCAACUUCUCGCAUUGUACCAUUAUUCAACUUCGACCAGGUCGAGGAGGAUUCGUCCUCUAAAGACGGAACCAUCAACAAGCCCAAAGAUAUUCAAAUCACUUUUGACAUCCCGGGUGGAGUAGUCACAAAGACUAUCGAGAAUACUCAAAUCAUCCAAAUAGAGACUCCCGAGACCGCUGCACAAAGACAACCAACUCGCGCUGAACUGAGCAGAUUCACUUACGUGAAAAUCGUUGCAUUCAAGGUCGUCAACCGAGUGAAAUAUGCACCACUUCUGUACACCAGCUCAAUCGGCUUCAUCUACUCGCUGUUCGCUUUCAAAUAUAACUGGACGAUGCCUUACACCAUCAUUACCCCUAUUGAGAUGAUUGCUAAGGGAGCGAUUGCAAUUUCCGUUGUGACGAUGGCUCUCACUUGGAGCCAGUCUGGGAAAUUAGUGUCAUGUGGAUACAAACGUAUGUUCUACGGAUGGUUCAUCCGCUUCAUUGUCGGUCCUGUGAUCAUGGUGAUAACCUCUCUGGCUUUCGGCCUGAAAGGAAUUUCCUUCGAGUUCUCUGUCCUCCAAGCUGCACUCCCGGUGGGACUGGUGUCCUUCGUUUUGGCCAAGGAAUACAAGCUUGACGUCGAGGUCUUCUCUACAGCGGUGAUCACUCAACUGGUGAUUUUCUUGCCUAUCGUCGUCGUCUACUUCUUCAUCCUGCAAGUCGUCGAGUAAGACGAUUGAGCAAGGGCUCAGCUUCUGGUGGUCAGCAGGAGCUCUGUCCCGAGUACCCAAUAAGUGUUCCCCGCGAGUGGAAUCCAGAAUUGCCUCGGAAAAGGAACACACUCUAGACCAGAUAAUGAAGAUACUAUCUCAUCGUACCUAUUUUGACAGCCAUUUCUGAGACAACUUGUUGAUGAGAACCCCGAGGAGGAGCAUUGGAGGCUUUCAUCAGCAUGAACUUCAGCAGGACAUGGAAGUGAUCCAUCAUCGCUGGACUCAGUAGAAGUGUUAUUAAACAAGAUACAUUAGAUGUAUCAGAACCUAGGUGGAGGGUAAACCGUACAGAGCAUAGGAGCAAAUAGUUUCCCAACCGGAACGCAGUUUGUUUUUUUCCCACGAGUUGCAUACAUGCAUAUCGAAAUCGUUGGGUUUGGAUUGUAGCGAAUAUGUACAAUAUUGAAGCCGGGAACGAUUACACCAGAAGUAUGCGGAUGCUUUCCAAUAAAUCUGUCGGAAUUCGAGGCUGGUGGUCUUGGCCAUGGUGCUUCUUGCCUUGUACAGUACUUGGAGGAGCGAAAGACGAGCAGAUCGUGACAUGCUGUGAUUCAUUGGUGAAUCUGUCGGUCGGCGGUAGCUACGGCUUACAGAUUUCGUUAGUGUAUGAGCUAGCUCGGUAUGAUCCAAAUUUAGCACUUCUUUGGCGGCCCCUUGGGAUGACCACUUGCAAAAGCGCGCAGCCGAUGUUCAAUGUAUAUCUACCAAGUGUAUGAGUGAGUACCUGAUGAGUUUCUUCAUCAAUAAAGGCAUUACUUUUUUUGCAAAGC